AUGCCUCGAGGCAGUGGUGGGGGCAAGGACAGGGGCAGGGGGCAGGGCGAUCGUGGCAGACGCUGGCAAGGGGGACCUGAUCGUGGCCGGGGCGGUCGAGGCGAUCGUGGCGGGCGCGGUGGUCGCGGUGGUCCAAGUGGCUCUGACAGAAGAGGUGGAGGAGGGGCUGGAAGGGGUAGAGGGCCGAAGCCCAACUUUCAGGAGUGCUCAAGGGAGCAUGGGCAGAAUGCCGUGCAAUCACUCCUAAAACAGUUUAAGUCCCCUCUGGGGCCAGCGAAACCAGAGGGGAAUCCCGUCCGUGCCAAGUAUGGGCCAGGGAAGCUUGGUCGCGCAAAGAAAGUCAUCGCCAACUACUUUGUUGUUCGGUGCCAGUGUCGUGAGACCCUGCAAUACCAAGUGGAUAUCAAGAGAGCAGGAGACGUUCCCAUGGAUGAAGAGGAGCUGGGGGGAUCAGAAACGUUUCCAGUCAUGACCAAGAUGGCCCAGGACAAUGGAUGGGGUCUUGCCUGGGCCUAUGAUGGCCGACAUGCACUAUAUGUGCCAACAGAGGCUGCAGGGGCAUUUCCUCCAGAGAGGGAGACCACCCAGGCAGUGAAGGUUGCACGCCGACGGGGGGAAACGACGUAUGAGGUCACCACCAAGAUGGUGGCAACGAUCAACAUCCGUGCCCUCUUGGACUUUGUGGCAGGGCGGAUAGAUGGCUUUCCCCAAGAUGUGGUGCAUGUCCUUGAUGUGGCCCUUCGCCACAGAAACAUGAUGGACCCCGCUUGCACACCCCAUCGGGAGAGCUUCUUUUUUCACUCGGCUCGUGGGUUCAAUGCAAAGUCCAUUGGUGAAUGUGCUGAGGUCAAAAUGGGCUACUACCAGAGCCUCAAGGCUUGUGCCAGUGGCUUAAUGCUCAACGUUGAUACAGCAUUCAUAGCCUUCAGUGAGACGAAGCUGGUCAGCGAAAUCAUGCGCGACAGGCGCGUAACGCUGCAAAGCGUGAGGUCAAUUGCACAAUUGGCAAAAGAUCUCAAAGGCUUCAAGGUGAUCAACACCUUGAACCAAAACAUCGUGCACAAGGUGAAGGGCAUCACCCGCAGGACUCCAAGCCAGGAAAUGUUUGAAACUAGUGAUGGCAGGACAAUAUCUGUUGCACAGUACUUCAGGGAUCAGUUUGGGAGAGACCUCCAGCACCCACAGUUGCCGUGUGUGGAUUGCAGCAAGGGAAAACGAAACAUCAAAAUUCCCGCAGAGUUCACACAGAUUGUGCAGGGUCAGAAAAUAAGAAAGAAGCUGUCAGCAAGGCAGGCACGGCAAAUGAUUACGCACGCUUGCCAAGGGCCAAGGGAUAAACAGCACUACAUCGACGAAGUGAUGUUGCACCGUGCAGGCUUCAAUGAAGAUCCGGUGGUGGCAUCUUUUGGGAUUAACAUAAACAACCAAAUGGAAAAGGUGGAUGCCCGCGUCCUCCCCCAACCCCACCUGCGCUACCAGCGGCCCGACUGCAUUGAUGUGGGCACCCAAGGGGCCUGGAACCUGGUCAAUGGGGUCCAAUUCCUGAGGUCGGGCCAGAUCCGCAGCUGGGUUCUGGUUUCUUUUGUGAACCCCAACGAGCUCCAGGUGGCAGACCAGGAGCACAGCUUGGCGGGCUUUCUUGACAAGCUCCAGCAGGUAGCAAGACGAACAGGCAUCCAGGUGCCUGGGGAGCCCGUUGUGCACCAGGCCAGGGACAAGCCAGUUGUGCAGGCUGAGCUGGGCGAGGGUGUGCGAAUGGCCAGGGCACGGUUUGGCAGGGAUCCCAACAUAAUCAUCGCUCUACUGCCUGCCGAUGCCAAGGACUACUACCGUGAGGUCAAAAUGUCUUCUGACUCGGUGCUGGGAAUCCCCAGUCAGUGUGUCUGCGCCCCGAACGCAGGCAUUGGCAGGAGCGCGAGAAAAGGGGGAGGAAAAUUUCUGGACCAGUACUGCUCGAACCUUUGCAUGAAAAUUAACGCCAAGCUGGGUGGCUCAAAUUGUGCAAUACUUGAUGUGCGUGGCGCUGGCCUCCCAAUCAUUAACCAGAGAAGUCCAUUCUUGCUACUCGGCGCGGAUGUCACUCACCCUCGCAGCCAUGGGCACGAGCAUGCGCCAUCGGUUGCUGCAGUCGUGGGGAGCUUGACAUUGGAUGCCUCCCAGUAUGGGUGUCGGGUGAGGCUGCUGGAUCCAGGGCAAGAGACCAUCACAGAUUUCGACAUUCCCGUGAAGGAGUUGCUCCUGGAAUUCUACGAACGCAACAAUGGACUUAAGCCGGAGAGCAUCAUAAUGUACAGGGAUGGGGUGUCUGAAGGGCAGUUCAUGGACGUCCUGGCUGUUGAGUACAGCGGUAUCAGAAAGGCGUGCCUAGAGCUGGACGACGGCACAUACAAUCCAGCCAUCACCUUCAUCGUGGUUCAGAAACGCCAUCACACGCGCCUGUUCCCGGAAAGCGACUCGGAGGCGGACAACAGCGGCAACGUGAACGCGGGCACCAUUGUGGACACCGCGAUAACGAGCCCGGAUGGCUUCGACUUCUUCCUGAACAGCCACGCGGGCCUCAAGGGCACCAGCCGGCCAACGCACUACCGGGUUCUGGUCGAUGAGAACAACUACGGCCAAGAUGGCCUUGAGCUGAUGACGUACUGGCUGUGCUACCUGUACUGCAGAUGCACUAGGUCCGUCUCCGUCGUGCCUCCAGCCUACUAUGCCCACCACGCCGCCUUCCGGGCCAGGCUGCUCAUGGAGAGUGAUUCAUCGGAUGACGCAAGCUCGGAAGCCAGCUACGGCUCUGGACAGCAAUUCACCCAGUUCCAUGACAGCAUUCGCAACGUUAUGUUCUACGUGUGA